UGUAACAAAGGUCUCAGUUCGAAUUAAUUCGAGGACAGGUGUUGCAAAAUAGCGAGAAAGAUAUGGAAAAUACCGAAAAACAUAUGAUGCCAAACCUAAUCUAUGUUUCAAGAGAGAAGAGGAAAGUUUCACCACAUCAUUUCAAAGCCGGUGCUCUUAAUACUUUGAUACGAGUAUCAGGGGUGAUGACAAAUUCACCGAUCAUUUUAACACUCGACUGUGAUAUGUUUUCAAACGAUCCAGCAACACCGGUUCGUUCUUUGUGCUAUUUAACAGAUCCUAAAAUCAAAUCCAGUUUAGGGUACGUGCAAUUUCCUCAGAAAUUUCUAGGAAUAAGCAAAAAUGAUAUAUAUGCAUGUGAGUCGAAACAUCUCUUCAAUAUUAAUAUGGUCGGACUUGAUGGUCUAAUGGGUCCGACUCAUGUGGGAACUGGUUGUUUUUUCAAUCGACGGGCUUUCUUUGGUCCUCCUUCUAAGUUGAUUUUACCAGAGAUAAAUGAAUUGAGUCCAUAUCGGAUUGCCUAUAAGUGGAUCGAAGCUCAAGAUGUUUUGGCAUUAGCACACAAUGUAGCAGGAUGUAUCUAUGAGUCCAACACCAGUUGGGGAUCCAAGAUUGGAUUCAGAUAUGGGUCAUUAGUAGAAGACUACUACACGGGAUUUAUGCUCCAUUGUGAAGGAUGGAGAUCAAUUUUUUGCAGCCCUAAAAAAGCUGCAUUUUAUGGAGACUCCCCAAAAUGCCUAACUGAUGUAGUGGGACAACAAAAGCGAUGGGCCGUUGGGCUUCUUGAAAUGUCGUUUUCGAAGUAUACCCCAAUUUUCUACGGAUUCAAGUUAUUGGGGGUGUUAAUGGGCUUAGGCUAUUGCAACUCUACGUUUCGGCCGUUUUGGUCAAUUCCUCUGACCGUCUAUGGACUUUUACCCCAACUUGCACUCAUCUAUGGAGUUAGCGUCUUCCCCAAGGUAUCAGAUCCGUGGUUUUGGCUUUACAUCUUCUUAUUCUUUGGUGCGUAUGCGCAAGAUCUCUCGGACUUUCUAUUGGAAGGAGGAACUUAUCGGAAAUGGUGGAACGAUCAAAGAAUGUUGAUGAUAAAAGGACUCUCUUCCUACUUCUUUGGUUUUAUAGAGUUCACUCUCAAAACCCUAAACCUCCGCACACCUAAGUUCAACGUCACUAGUAAAGCCAACAACGAUGACGAACAGAGAAAGCGGUACGAGCCAGAAAUCUUUGAUUUUGAAACCUCUUCGUCCAUGUUCUUGCCCUUGACUACGGUUGCCAUCGUAAAUCUGCUUGCCUUUGUCUGGGGGUUUUAUGGUGUUUUCUUAUGCGGAGAAGGACUUGUCCUUGAGCUGAUGCUGGCAAGCUUUGUGGUGGUGAAUUGCUUGCCGAUCUAUGAGGCUAUGGUGCUGAGGAAAGAUGAUGGCAAAAAACUGCUAUAAAGGAUUUGUUCCUCAGCUGGGAUCCUCACGUUUGUUCUUACUGUGUCAAGUUACUUCUUCCUCAAUUUACUUCACCCGUUAGGGUCAAAUUUACAACAAAAGUCAAUAAUACAUCUGGCUCAAUCAGAAGCUAGAGAAAAUAAUGUGAUGAUCCUGUGUAACCAAUAAUGUACUGUGAUGGAAUACAUUUUUCAUCUCUUGAACCAACAAAAUUAAAAUUUACAAUUUGUA